AUGGCGCUACCUGAAUUAUUGUCCGAUUAUAGAUUAUCCAUCGUUCUUGUUCUCUUCGUUAUUGCUAUUCGAAAAUUACAGAAUUUUCUCAAUCGGAGAAAGAUUGGAGAUGAUCUUCCUGGCCCGCCGGCUUCCCUACUGACGGGGAACGCACUCGAAAUUGGACGUGCUGGGGGAUUGGGUCCGUUUCAACGUAAUCUUCAUGAAACUUAUGGCCCUGUGGUCAGAUACUGGCUUGGCCCAAGUGAUCUUAAUGUAUCCAUCAAUGACCCCGACAUUCUUGACCAAUUGGAAAUUCUUAAUACCGAAAGACCGACCGGGUUUAUACAAUUCAUGAAGGAGUUAUUUACUGACAAAGGUUUAUUUUACUUGGAAGGGCAAGCGGGAAAGGAGAGAAGAUUAAUAUACCACAAGGUGUUUGCAAAACGACCGUAUGAAAAUAUCAUGCCACAGUUUAGUAGAAUCAUUGUCGAACUAGGUUCAAAUUGGUUAUCUCAAAGAAACGGAGAGAAGUCUGUCACUAUCGAAUUUCAAGAUGAAGCACAAAGAUUAUGGAAUAAGCUGAAUGAAUACAAUGUGUUUGGUGAUAUAAGUUCUGGAAAUGAUUUAACGAAGAACUUUUCAGACCUCUUUAAAUUAUUAAUAAGCAUACGAUACAGCUUUUUCCCCUUGGUGCCGUACACCAAAUUGUGGUACAAAAAAUAUGCGCUCCUUGAUUCCUUACACUCAGAAGUCGAUCGGCUAAUCAGAGAAGAGUUGAAACAUCGUGGAGAAUCUACUUUAGCUAAAGCGGAUUUUCUAAGUCUUCUGCUCGAAGAUGAAGAACUUGACGAAGAGACUGUUCACGCCGAAGUUAUGACCUUGUUGUUUGCUGUUUAUGAUAAUUUUGUGGGAUUAUCUUGGGUCUUGCACAAAAUUGCAGAGCUUAAAGAUGUUCAGACAAAAAUACGAAACGAAGUUCAACGUGUAUGGGGAGAUGAAAAUCCGACCAAGCUGGACGAUUUGACACGCUUAGUCUAUACUCGAGCUGCCAUCAAAGAAGCUUUAAGAUUUGGCGGCACUGGCAAUUCGAACAUCAGGGUAUUAGCACAAGAUUAUCUAGUUCAAAACAAAUACUUCAUACCAAAAGGCGCCCAUAUUAUAACUCCUGUACGUCUGCUUCACAAAAAUCCCAACCAUUGGGAAAAUCCCGACAAGUUUGAACCCGAAAGAUUCAUGAGCGUUGAUAAAGAACGUCCUGAAGAAUCUCAAAAACGAUCAAGAAUGGCAUAUAUUCCAUUUGGAUUUGGACCUCGAUCAUGUCUUGGACAAAGAUAUACAAUCAACACACUCACAUUAAUAGUAGGUUUGUUGACUAAGAGAUUUGACAUAGAUGCGGUUAAGAAAUGUAAUGAAAUUACAUGGAAAGAAGCUUUAUUUUCUGAUCAAGCGGUAGAGGGUGUCUGGUUGAAAUUUACUCCAAGAGGAGCUGAAUAA